AAUUUAUUAAAAAUUGAAAACGGCAGUGAAGUUGUAGACCCGAAAUGCGAGAUCAGUGACGAUUCCAGAGCCGUUACGACGGUUAAUCAAGAUCCAUUGUCGUGCACCACUAAAGCGGCUCGUAUCGGUUACGUAUUCUCGCAUGUGUAUUUUUCUGUAUUGCGAUCGUCGCCCGAGUACGCAGACGAUUUUUACGACGUAGACGGCGAGUACCGGACGAUCUACGCGGACGGAUCGACCGUCGUCGCCAAGCACCGCAACCAAGUAAAAAGUGUUUUGAUGCGGCCAACGUCAGAGGCCGCUGUAUCUUCUGAAAACACAUCCGUCCAGGAACUCGUCUUAUCAAUCCCCAAUGAUUUAGAACUCGAUUCUGCCGCAAAAAAACUCUCCGUCCAAGAACCCGCAUUUUCAAUAACUGAAUCUGUUAAUAUUAUUGAACAUGAUAUUGACGAAGGAAACAAUCAAAAACUAGUUAUAUCUUCUGAAAUCACAUCCGUCCGGGAAGCCGACCUAACAAACCCCGAUGAUUUAGAACCCCAUACCGGAGCCAAAAGCAUAUUCGUCCAAGAACCCGUCUUUUCAAUAAUUGAAACUGUUGAUAUCAUAGAACAUGAUAUUGACGAAGAAAACAUUUAA